GGUCCCCGGAGUGAGUGGGCUCAGUCGGUGCAGAGUCAUGAGAGUGUUUGUAAACAACUCACACAGAAGGUCUUUCCAUAGCAGCAGCAAACUGGAGUCAGACCAUUUCCUGCACACAACCCUGAGUGUCAACACAUCCUCCAAAGUGACCCUUAUUUUAGGAUGUGAGGGGGGAUUGAGUUCACGAUUUCCCAAUGUCUUUAAGUCGACAGGAUGACACAACUGUACCACUAGUGAUUCAUUCAUAGUAGCUAUAGCAUUCCGUUUCAGGGCCUCAAGAUCCCUUUUAUUACACUGUACUGUUCACCUUUUGAGUUAAAAUGCCUUGGCCAUUUUCGGAAUCCAUCAAGAAGCGGGCCUGCAGAUACCUUCUGCAUAGGUACCUUGGAAACUUCCUUCAAGAGAAACUGAGUUUGGAUCAGCUCAGUUUAGACCUCUAUCAAGGCACUGGAACACUUGCACAAGUGCCAUUGGAUAAAUGGUCACUCAAUGAGCUCCUAGAGACAGCAGAUGCACCUUUUGAGGUUAUCGCGGGGUUCAUCCAGACAAUUUCUCUAACGGUUCCAUGGGCUGCCCUACUGCACGAAAACUGUGCCCUGGAGAUCAAAGGUUUGGAGAUGGUGCUCAGACCAAGGCCGAGAAUGGCAUCUGGCACAGAGCCCAUGUACUGGUCCAGUUUCAUGACGAGCAGCAUGCAGCUUGCCAAAGAAUGUCUCAGCCAGAAACUCACAGAUGAUAUGGGAGAGAGCUUCCAGCCUUUCGAGGGAUUAGAGAAGUUUGCAGAAACGAUAGAGACAGUUCUGAGAAGAGUUAAGGUGACAUUUUUGGAUACUGUUCUCAGAGUCGAACACAUUCCCGAACAUUCUAAAACUGGAAUCGCCCUUGAGAUUCGAAUAAAAAAGAUUGUUUACUGCGAUGAAACAGACGAGGAGAGCUCCAGUGUGAAUGUGCAUCAGCCAACCACAUUUGCACAUAAAAACUUGCAGAUGGAAGACAUGACCGUAUUUUGGGAUGAGUUCUCAGAUGUGUCCCGUGCUGGUUGUAAAUCUUCACCCACUCCAACGGAAAAUGAGCCAAAACUUUCACCUAGCUGGAAUCCCAAAAUAAUAUGUGAGCCUCAUCCCCAGUUUACAGAGCCUGUUUCCUCCACAACACCCUUUGAACCUGUGCAGGUCGGGAGCCUCUGUGGUCAAAUUGAGUUGUCCCUCACUCUGAAAAACAACAUGGCUAUGCCUGGAGCAAAGCUGGAUGUUGUUGGACAUAUUGAUACACUUAUUAUUCUGCUGUCCCCACGGCAAGUUCAUCUUCUUCUGGACCUGUGUGGAGCUUUCUCUGGUGGAGGUGCACAGGAAUGGGCCAAGGAUAGAAAGAGCCGACCAAUACAGCAAGAGGAUGAGUAUCGACUCCACAUGGAGCUGAACCGCUGUCUGAAGAAGGACACUGCUCGGCCAGGGACGGACGCAGACCUCUUUGAGAGCCAGACCACCAGAACUGUGUCUAGUCGAGAUGAUGUGUUCUUCUCCAUGGCAGACAUGGACAUGUCUCACAGCUUGUCAUCCCUUCCUCCUCUGGGUGAACCCCCCACCGUUGACUUGGAUCUGUCCCUCAAUAGCAACUACUCUGCCUCACCAGGAGAAUCUCCUUCUGGAAAUGCCACAGCUCUGUGGGAUGAUUACAUGGAUGUCCCACGGCAAAGAGAAAAGCACACUAAUGAAAGUCCCGCCCAACGGGAUUCCCAUUUCCCUCAAAAAUUACUGAGACAGACAUCCCAUCCAACGAAAACGCACGGUGAUGAGUCCAGGCCAGAGCUGGUGUUGAGGUUAACUCUGAGUAGCCUGGCUGUGGCCGUCCUCCACAUCGACCCGCUGCCCACCCCAGAUGCUUCUCCCAGCCCCCUCGGCCCCAUGGCGGCACAGUUCUUCAACAUGGUGGGCCCGGGCCGGCUCGCUCCAGCUGCUUUCCUUCAGUCUCGGACAGUGUUUAACCAAGCUUGUCCCCAUGACCAUCUAAGGUUUGUGGGCCAGGGCCUGAAGAUCAGCUAUGAGCACUGUCAGGGGUCCAGUCUGCGGACUUUCAGCACGGACGUCUCAAUGAACCGGAUGGAGUUCCUGGAGUGUCUGUUUCCCUCUGAGGCCGCCAUUGGUGGCUCGCAACGAGGCAUUCAGUACACUGAGUUGCUGACAUUUGACACCCCUGAUGCUGCUGCGCCGCUGACCAGCUGCCUCCACCUGCUUUACAAACAGGCCGAGCGCAGGGGCCCUCAGGGCGGCCAGGUUCGCCUCAGCACCAUUCCUAGGAAAGCAGAGAUCCAGGUGGAGCUGGGCCCCGUGCGCUGUGAGCUGGACAUCAGCAUCGUAGACCGCCUCAACUCCUUGUUACAGCCUCAGAAGCUGGCCACCACAGAGUUGAUGGCCUCCCACAUGUACACAUCCUAUAAUAAACAUGUCAGCUUGCAUAAGGCCUUUACAGAGGUUUUCCUUGAUGACAGCCACACUCCCACCAACUGUCAUGUUUCGCUGACGGUCAAUGCUCCUUUGCUUGGCCUUGCAAUCCGCUUCCCCAUCCCUGACCUGCGCUCAGAUCAGGAGAGGGGCCCUUGGUUCAAGAAGUCCCUACAGAAGGAAGUACUCUACCUGGAGCUGGAAGACCUGGAAAUGAAGACGGAGUUCAUGGGUGGCAGCUCUCCUGACCAAACCAAAAUGGAGCUCACUUUCAGGGAGCUUACUGGGAAGUUUCAGGAGGAGCCGGAUCAACCAGCUGUUCGGUUCUUCAGGGUGUCCCACACCAUGGAUGGAGACAUGACGACAUCUGAAAGUGUCAAAUUUGAUUGGCCGAGGGUUGUCCUAAAGAUGAACCCCACAGCAGUCCACUCUAUUCUUGAGCGGGUGACGGCUGAAGAGGAGGGGGCCGAGGACCAUUCCCUUGAGGAAGAAGAGGAGGAAGGGGCUGCCCAUUCACUGAAGGAUGUCUGUGACUUUGGGAAACCAGAGCCAUCGCCCUUUUCAUCACGAAGGGUUAUGUAUGAGAAUGAAGAGAUGGUCAUCCCUGGUGAUGUUGCUGAGAUGACGGAUUUCCAGGAAAAAACCAUGAACAACUCUCGCUUCAUCCUUGACUUGUGUUUCCCCAAUGUGCAGUUAGUGCUGCCCAGCAAGGCAUUUUAUGAGAAACUACACAACAGGAUAAACAAUGACCUGCUGCUGUGGGAGCCCACUGCUCCCUCUCCAGUGGAGACGGUGGAAAGCAUGCCAUAUGGAGUGGGGCUCUCUGUGGCCAGUCAGCUGAUCAACACCUACUCCAAGGACAGCUUCAGCCAGUUCCGCUCCACCGGCCCCGAAGAUGAGACCAGUGGGUCAGACGAGGAGACCAUGCACUAUUACUGUCCUGCCUCUGACCUGGGCCUCAGGUCCCGCAAGAAGAAGAAACCCAAAGCCCAAAGCAAGACAUCCCAGAGCCUGUUCUCUGUCAUCAUCAGUGUCAAUCACGGCCUGGUGGCUCUUCAAACUAAUGCAAAGAAGGAGGAUAAAACCAUACUGAAAAACAAACAUGGCGAGUUCUGGCUGGAGGUGAAGAAUGCUGUGCUGUUCAGUGUGACGCAGUACGAAGGCUAUAAAGACCAACACUACCUCUGCUUCCACACCAGUAACAUUUGCAUGUAUCAUCAAGGACUUGUGGAUGGAGGCGCGUCUAGCUCAGAUGUCAAGUUGCCAUGCAGGACUCAUCCCCACUGGUUAGAGCCAACCAUCUACCAAUCAGAGACUUCCCCUGAGAGAGCCUCGACACCCUCAGAGUGUAUUGGUCUGGAGGCUCGCAGCAUGCUGUCUGUCGCUGUUAAAAUCUCAUCACAGAAUGCAGAGCGCAAUGUCAAGGAGUUCCUGGUUGCUGUUGGAGUGAGAGGAGCCACGCUGCAGCACAGAGUGGUCCCGCCCAGCCUGGGCUGGUAUGACCAGAUUGUCGACUUUCUGAAUGUUUCCGAUGAGCCUGUGUUGGGUUACGCCCCUCCGACGUCUGUCACCACCUUACAUUUACACCUGUGGAGCUGCUCUCUGGACUACAGACCCCUUUACCUGCCAAUCAGAUCACUGUUGGUUGUAGAAACGUUCAGCAUCUCCAGCAGUGUCUCUCUAGACCACUCUUCUUCAACGCUCAGGAUAAUUUUGGAUGAAGCAGCUUUGUUCCUCUCAGACAAGAGUAAUGCUGUCUCCGUCAAUCUGGCGCGCGAUUAUGUCCAAGUGGUAGACAUGGGUACUUUGGAGCUGAGGAUUACAGCUGUCAAACCUGGAGUGAACGGAAAGUUGCUGGAGCCCAGAUUUGAGCUGCGCUGUUCCAGUGACGUUAUUCACAUCAGAACGUGUUCGGACUCCUGCGCCGCCCUCAUGAACCUCAUUCAGUAUGUGGCCAGCUACGGAGACUUACUGCCCCCUGCAGAACCAGAAGCCAAGCAGAGCAGCACAACACAAAGAGCCAAGGUGGAGCGUACCAGCCGGCCCACAUCUCAGACACUGUUGCUUGCGGAGACAGAGCAGCAGAUGUUGCAGGACCUGAUGAGUGAAGCUAUGGAGGAGACCGACGGGCAGCAGGCACCAGGGCUGCAGCAGAAUGGUGCAUGUGAGGAGCCAAAUCAAGACCACGACCCGCCUCGCUCAGACCUAUUCUUGUUCCCGGAUGAGAGUGGGAAUUGUAUCCAAGAUUCAAGCCCCACUUACCCCAUGCUUCACUCACCUCUCAUCACUCCUGUCCCUAACUUGGCCCAAGAGACGGACGACUUUUGUAUCCUGGAGACACCCGGGUCCAGAGGACAGGAUCUUGACCAGGAGCCGGUGGUGAAACUUCUUACCUCAGAUCCUGUGGAAAUCAAAGAUGAUUACUUCAGUCAGCCUCUAGACGGGAGCGAUUCCAGCCGCGGGGCCAUGAACUUUCCCACCCCCGAGGUGCGCUACCUCAUCAAAGAGAUAUCUGUCAUCUGGCACCUGUAUGGCGGGAAAGACUUUGGAGGUGCAACGUUCACACCCUCUCCUGCAAGAAGCCGGGGGACUACACCCCAUUGCUCCCCCUCUCAAACUCCAGUCAGACAGGCCAAGGCUUCAGGACGGGCCGGAGGCGGAAGAGGAAGGAACGCCGACGUCCUGAUGGAGAUACAACUCAGCAAAGUGAGAUUUCAGCAUGAGGUGUACCCACAGGCCCAGGUGGCUUCUGGGCCAGGGAUGGAUCAGCCAGUCUCUCGGCAGGUGUUUGUCGUGCAGGACUUGGAGAUUCGAGACAGACUGGCUACCUCACAGAUGAACAAGUUCCUCUAUUUGUAUUCCAGCAAAGAAAUGCCUCGAAAAGCCCACUCUAACAUGUUGACAGUGAAGGCGUUGCACAUGUGUCCGGAGUCAGGCCAGGCUCCACAGGAGUGCUGUUUGCGUGUUUCACUGAUGCCUCUUCGCCUCAAUAUUGAUCAGGACGCACUAUUCUUCCUGAAGGACUUCUUCACCAGUCUUGCUACUGAAGUAGAGUUUUUCUCCCCGCCUGCUCAAGAAGCUGUGUGUGUGACCACAAAGAAAGCGUCUGCCCCAGAGAUCUCCUGCAGCUUCUCCAAGCAGGCGGGCAGCAGCCAGGACCCGGCCCCCAUCAUCUCAGUGCCUGCUCAGAGACGCAUGAGCCACAACGGUUACUCCACAUGUGGCAGGGAGGAAGUGACUGACGACGAAGCCUCCACUCCUUCCUUCACAGACCAACCAAUCUUCUUUAGGGAGUUUCGAUUUACCUCUGAGGUUCCCAUUCGCUUGGAUUACCAUGGGAAACAUGUAGCAAUGGAGCAGGGAACAUUUGCAGGGAUCAUUAUCGGGUUGACGCAGCUUAAUUGUUCAGAGCUGAAACUGCGGCGCUUGUGUUAUAGACAAGGAUUAUUAGGUGUGGAUAAGCUGUUUUCCUAUGCAAUAAACGAGUGGCUUAAUGACAUAAAGAAGAAUCAGCUUCCAGGACUCCUGGGGGGUGUGGGGCCCAUUCACUCUCUGGUCCAGCUCGUUCAGGGAUUCAGGGACUUGGUCUGGCUCCCGAUUGAGCAGUACAGGAAAGACGGUCGGAUAGUCCGUGGGUUCCAGCGCGGCACGGCCUCCUUUGGAACUUCCACUGCUAUGGCCGCUCUGGAGCUCACCAACAGGAUGGUGCGCACAAUCCAGGCCGCAGCAGAGACGGCCUAUGACAUGGUGUCCCCAGUGCCUGAUGAGAGAGACACGAAGAGAAUAAAACGCUUCUCCCAUUACGGACUGGCUCAUCAGCCGGUGGACCUGAGAGAAGGUGUAGCCAAAGCCUAUACUGUCGUAAAAGAGGGCAUCACAGACACAGCCCUGACCAUCUAUGACACAGCCACCCGGGAGCAUGAGCAGCGCGGCAUGACGGGGGCAGUGGGGGGGGUUCUCCGCCAGCUGCCCCCAGCUGUGGUGAAGCCCCUCAUUAUGGCCACUGAAGCCACCUCCAAUGUGUUGGGUGGAAUGAGGAACCAGAUUCACCCUGAUGCACGCCAGGAGGAGUCUCAGAAAUGGAGGCAGGGCGAGGAGUAACACUUAUUGCCAUAUGGUACCUGAAACCAUGACUGUGCAGAAUAAAUGUGUCGGAAACUUUCUUCAGAACGUUGUUUUGAAUAGGAACAUCUCAGAAGUGCUCAUACAGCCCCGGUGUAAAUAAAAUACUGUUCAUCUUGUGGCAUUUUGAGCUACUGUGAUUCAGCUUGUGUCAGCUUACCAGUUCCCUCACAGUGCCUUCAUGGUUAUCAGCAUCGUCUAACUGUAAGUUUAAUCAAAGGGAUGGAUGAAGAUUGAUGGAUUUGUAAGCCACACAUCGUCUUUAUGUGGAAAAUGUUCUGCUGGGGGAUAGAUAGAUAGAUGAGGUGCAACAUCGGCUUCAUUCUCAAGCAGCUUUGUUUACAAAUUGUGUGUGGGGGUUGGUGUCAACAAACAUAAAUAUAGGUGUAAUGACCCUUAAUUAAUUUAACUUUGUUAUUUACUGUAAAUAUCCCCCUAAUGUGUAACAUUUCAUGCAAACUGAAUGUGUUACAGCUGUGUAAAGUUCUGUUGUCAGCACUUUUAUGUGACUACGGUUAACUCGCUUAUAUUAAUGACAGGUGGGAGGAGUACCCUAACUUGUUAUAAAGUUUCACAAUUUUCUUUUGAGCUGUGAUCAAAGUUGUGGGAUUUUCACAAUAAGCUGCUGUUAUAAAAAGCUGCUUUAAAAUUUAAAAAUAGUUUCUAAUGUUGUGUGUGCCAUUCUGACACUCACAUUUUCAAAUGAUUCAAAACCAUGAAGCAAAGUCUUAAUAUCCUGCACAAUUGUUUUUUUGUGUAUAUUUGACUGAUGAUACUAGUUGUGAAAUGUUGUGUUGCAGGCUUUUGAUUUGCCUAUUUUCUUGUUUAUGUGGACAGGAUAAUAUUUCAUGUACAUAAGUGUACAGUUGAAUUUGUAUUAAAAGCAUGAAAGUGAAAUAAAAACGGUUAGAUUAAGAA